AUGUCGAGUGCGGUUGACCCUCUUGGUGAGACGUCCCAUCGAGAGGCUUGGGUCUGCCCCAAUUGUGCGGUGGAGGUUUCCCGGGAGAACACCUACUGCCAGGUCUGUCUGCGUUCUCGUCCAAUGGACCGCUACGGUGUGCCUCAGAUCUUUGCUGGGUACAAAAUACACUUUAACGGAGUUAUUCCACGCACCAUUAUGCAUCCAAGUCACUCAGUGGAGUGGCGCAUGGCUGAGCGUCACGGGGCGACGUGCAUGGUGAACUUCGAUACCGCCCAUUUAAACUUGCUGAUAUACCGCACCGGGUACGAGCGUAGUGACAAGGUGCGGAGGUGUGUAGAAAGGGAAGCCGACAAUAUUCCUGCGGUCCCCAUCACCUGGAUGCUGGACUGCCUGCUGCAGUCGCGUCAGAUUCACCCUACGCUCUACCGCCUAACAUCUGUUCCAGUUGUGGCGCAGCCUACAGGCAACGGACCGUCUCUUCCGCACCAUCAACACCCUUACUACCUAAUGAACAUGGAGGAGUACGCCAUCCCAACAUCAUUUCCGUAUAAUAGGAAGAAGACAGCCAAUGGUACUAGAGAAAAUGAGGCGCUGGGCGCACCUGCAGAUCUUCCACCCAAGUUUAACCUUCCAGAACUGCAGUACACCAACGUUGACGUUUUCCAGGCCGUAUGUAACACGCAAAAAGGCAAGGCGAGCGCGGAGGAUGAUCAGGAAAACUAUGAAGAAAAACUUGGCAUAUGCAAGCGUGCGGCCAAUAUUGAGCUUCUCGUCUGCGAACAAGGAAACAACCGUGUCGACAAUUUUCUGUUUGGUGGUAUGAAAUUUCUCCUGACCCCGUCACUUGAGUCUAACUCCCAGAUGACGCAGGCACUUAGGUUGUGUGGAGCCAAAAUCGUCCCCUCGUCGGCAGGCAGUCUCGACGAAAUUCUACGGACAGAAGUGACACACGUGUUGUACGAUCAUAGUGAGAAGAAGUGUAACCUCAUGGUGGAGGCAGCGCGGAGUAAGAAGGAGUUCCCUGGGCUUACGCUGGCGCAGCUCAACUGGGCAGAAGAUUGUUUGAUACUUGGGGAAGUUGUUCCCCCGUACGGUCACUAUGUCCCAACGGAAAAGCUGCUGAAUACCCUGGAAAAGAGGUACAAUAGACGGUGA